UUUUCUGUCGGCUCGUUGUUCCUCCUCCUUCUGCCGUGUCACUGGACUGAAAAAAAAAGAGGAAGGAAUAUGGUUUGGUGCGACGCUCCUCCCGUUUAGUAGCGGAUCUCUGCAAACACGGACAGGAGGCUGUCGGUCCGGGGAACAGCCGCCUCCAACACCUGAGACUAUCGCCCACAGUCCUGCAGGAAAGCAGCCAGCACACCGCGACUCAUAAAUGGUGGAGGCCGUGGUGGAGUUCGACUAUGAAGCUCAGCAGGACGAUGAGUUGACCCUGACGGUGGGCGACAUCAUCAAGAACAUACGGCGGGACGAUGGCGGCUGGUGGGAGGGCGAGCUGGGCGGACGCAGGGGGUUCUUCCCCGAUAACUUUGUCAGGGAGUUAAAGAAGGAUGGGAAGAGAGAUGGAGGACAGGCGGGGAUGAUUAAGUCUGAACUCUCCAACGGCAGGGCCAGCCCGGUGUCGGACACCAGCGUGCGACCUGGAAAGAAAGGAGAGCAAAUCCGUAAGCGAAGAUGUAAGGCUUCCUUCAGCUACGCACCUCAGCAUGAAGACGAACUGGAGCUGAAAGUCGGAGAUGUCAUCGAGAUCAUCGCAGAGGUGGAGGAGGGAUGGUGGGAAGGGACUCUUAAUGGGAAGAUUGGAAUGUUUCCCUCCAAUUUCACCAAAGAGAUCCUGGCAGAUUCGGAUGCUCCCUCCCUGGAAACUCCCAACUCACAGGAGGAGAUCCGCCACAGCCGCACCAGUAAAGACAGCCCCGGCAGUGAGAGCGAUGGAGGAGACAGUCGGUCAGAAUCAGGGUCAGAAAUCCAACCUAAGAAGAUUCAGGGGAUUGGCUUCGGUAACAUCUUCAAAGACCAGCCCAUCAAGCUCCGGCCGCGCUCCGUGGAUCUGGAUUCAGAAAAGGUCAACGAAGGGAAAGGAGUGAGUGUAGCAGCUGAAACCAUGAAGACCGAACCUGACGGCAAAGCUAAAGUGCGGGAGCAAUGUAAGGUCCUUUUCCCAUAUGAAGCACAAAAUGAAGACGAGCUGACGCUGAAAGACGGGGACAUCAUCAAUAUUAUCACAAAGGAAUGUGCCGAUGCAGGUUGGUGGAUGGGAGAGAUCGGUGGAAGGCAAGGUGUUUUCCCAGAUAACUUCGUCAAACUGCUUGAAGUUGAGAAAGAGAGACCAAAGAAACCGCCGCCGCCCAGCGCUCCAUCAGCCAAACACGCCACAGAGAAAAAAUCAGAAGCGAAGAAGGUUCCUCCUGAGCGGCCUGAGCAUCUGCCUCAAAGAGACCCGGACCGAGGUGAAGAGAUGAAGGUUGGAGAAAUUGUUAAGCCCUCCCUCCCAGCUCACCUUCCCAAGAAACCCCUCCCCCCAAAGUCAAGCUCUUCCUCUUCCUCCCAUCCCCCACGGCGUCCAGAGAGGCCGCCUACAUUAGCGUGUGAAAGCCCCAAGUCUGAGGGCGGGGCUUCAACACCAGAUUCUGCCCCUGACAGGUCACAGGCCACCGAUCUUGACCUGGACGCGGUCGUCUCCUCGACAGAGAAGCUGAGCCACCCGACGGCGUCGCGGCCGAGAGUCACAGACCGCCGGCCUCGUUCCCAGAUCAUCACACCUUCGUCUCUGUCCAGCAUAGAGCUGGAGUCUCCCACAGUGGAGGACAGGAAGGACAGAAGGAAAGACGACCAGGAGUCCAUCCCUGUCAAAAAAGGAAUCCCAGUCAUCCCAGUACAUGACGUUAAAGCCCCGCUGCCCAAACCCUCCAUCCUGCCCCCGCCUAACUCCUGCCACCGCUCCAUGUCCCCGUCCUCCUCCUCGGGUCUGACCCCGUCCCCGGAGCUCCGGCAGUCGCCGCUCACGCCGACGCCGCCGACACUGGAGGAACUCAGGAACCAACUGAGAGACUUGAGAGCCUCCAUAGAGAUGCUGAAGCACCAGCACAGGCAGGAAAUGAAGCAGCUAGCCAACGCUUUGGAUGAGGAGAAGAAGAUACGUGUUAGUUUACAGGUGGAAGUAGAGCACAUAAAGAAGAGCCUGUCCAAAUGAGGACUGAAGAAUCACUUUCUCAUCGCAUCUGAGGCCACAUAAAAAAAAAAGAAAAGAUUAACUUUAUCACUGUUGGUUUUGACACUUCUGCCAAAACUAAGUUUGUGCCAAAUGAUCGCCACCAUCACCGACGGUUCAGCACCACGGAUUCAGCCACAUUUCCUCCCCUCUGAGCCGCCUCAUCCUGCGUUUACUUCUUUCUUUUUUACCUUCUGUUAAAGAGGCUUCUCUGUUUGGUUUACUGCUAUCUUCGCUGUGCCACCGGUACAAGGACGCUCCUGGAGCCGCGGCUGCCUGGUACUGUUUUAAGUUUCCCAGAGUGAAGGAAACUUCAACCUCUGUAGCCUGGUCUGACCAGAAGACCUCUGUGCAGUUCUGCGUCCACUUUGCGGCCUUCACCUCCUGUCUGUGUGUACGGGUGUGCCUGUGUGUAUGUGUGUGUGUGUUUGUAUGUUUGUUUUCAUACGAUGUGAGGACCUGAGGUAGUGAGGUUCAAAAUGGGGACAUUUUUAGAACCUAUAUUUCCAAUUAAUCAAAAAUAAAAUUCUGAGCACUUAAACUAGUUUAAACCAUAAGAUUAACUUUUUGUGCCAUAAGUAAGUUUGUUUACUUUUUAUUGUUUAAAUCUGCAUGAAAGAGGGACCAAUGACAGCACAAUGUCCUUUUCUAAGCAUUCAAAAUCUAUUAACAUUAACAGGAUACAGAAUUAAUGUUUUAGAUUUUUUUUAUGAGCCUAUAAAGUAGGCUAUGAUUUAUAACAAUUAAAAACACACACCAAAGCACAUUAAAUUCCUCUAAAAGUUACUGAGUAAAGAAGACAUCAGUUCGUACAAUACUUUAGUUUACUUUUUGCCUUACUGUGAUAUUUUGUGAACUUUUGCUUUAUGUUUAAUCACCCUUUAUGCAGUCUGGUUGAUUGUUAGAACAAAUAUUCAUCCUGGACAUUCAUUAUGCUAAAAGGACAUUUUUCUUCUGCAUCAGGUUAGCAGUCUGAAUGCAAUACUGCCUGAAAUUUAGAGGUUAUGAAAAGACAGCAGACCAAGCAGCCUUGUCUUGAAACAAAAAAGCAGUUAUAUGUUGUCUCUUCUUCUAAUCCACACAGGGUCAAAAGCAUACAAAUAGGUCAAAAUAUAUACAUAGAAUCCCGUUUUUCUUUUUUCUUCUUUUUUGGCAGAAUUGGUAGUUAUUUGAAGUUGUUGAACCAGCAUAGUCCAUGUAUUUUGAAUACAUUUUGUUAGGGUGUGUAUCCAUUCCAGUGUGUUGGUGGUUCUUGACCAGUUGGAUCCACUGCAUCCAGGUUUCAGAUAACUAGCUUUAGAUUUUAGCUGAAAUGUUAAGGAGACCUUUUAUGCAAAAUUCACAUGUUGUGCAUCUUUGUUCCAUUUGGGUCUCAAUUGUUUCUAAAAAAUAGCCAAACCUCUUAAGAAUGCUACCUAGAUACCUUUUGGUGACAAGUUGAUGUGUUUUGGUGUCUGGAAAACGAGCUGUUUGAAAGAGGGGGUCAACUAGUAAGUUCCUGUUCAAACAGGAGUGGAUCAAAACAAAAAUCACCAAUAAAAUACCGUAUCAUUUAUCAAUAAUCACAUUAUGUGAAUAUGGGAAAUAUUUUUUAUGAAAACUUUUAGAAGCACAUUUAAGAUAAUAUAAACAAUUUCUUUGUGUAAACAUGAAAUAACUGAAAGUGCAUGAACAAACAGAAACCGUUCCUUUUCAGUGAAUAUUAACAGGGUUAAGUGAAUCUAGAAGGUUCCAGGUCCUCAUGAAGGUCAAGUGUGUGCUUAUGUGUGGUUUUUUGUAUUACAGCAUGUGCAGCUGUUUUGCCUCCCUUCCUUACGUGUGUACAAAAUCUAUGACAACCCGUCACUGUGGCCUUCCUGUUUCAAAUUAUAAGUCUUUUUAUUUCUUCUCUUUUCUGUCUUUUCAUAUGACAAAGAGAAAACUGCUACAACUGAGGCUACAAGUUGUUUUCUUGACUUGGUCCUUUCUCUCCAAGAUGGUGAUAAAUGAAUAUAUAUAUAUUUACUUUUAUAUUUCAGUGUAAUAAAGAGGCUAUUAUGUACUG